AUGCCUCCCAAAAGCGGCUUCUCGCGCACGCGCAACGUCGACUACGAUGACGACGACAUCUACGACGACGAUGACGAUUACUACGAGGAAGAAGAAGCCGGCGGUGGAGCCGAUGCAGGAGAUGGCAUGACAGAAGACGAUAAAGAGCAGAUGCGUGCAGGUACCAUAAGAGUACGCGAGGCGCUGGGGGAUAAGAGCGACUUUACGAGCGACGAGCAGAUACAAGAGGCGCUUUGGCAUUAUUACUAUGAUGUUGGGAAGAGUGUUAGUUAUUUGAAGAAUAAACUUGGGGUGGGGGAACCGAGGGAAGAGGCGCCUAAGCAGGAAAAGACCAAACCUGCGUCAAGGUUCGAUCAAGCUGCUAGUGUGGCGGAUCAGAAUGCGCCGGUUACCGCAGACUUCUUCUGGGAUGUGCCCUGGGGCAACGUACCACCCGAACGACUUGGCGUCAUCACCGUUGAUGCUCCAUACUACAAAGGCGGACUACUUGGGGGCUCCUCAAAGCUGGCUGCUCUUGCGGCGAAGCGAAGAAAGGAACGAGAAGAUGCGGAAGCUGCUGCCUCGAAAGCCAACAACGAUGCGGAUUCGGCCAUCGCCAUGCUUGACAAGCUUUCAGUGAAGAACCAGGAGGGUGGCAAUCCUUCUCUCGGCGGCACUGGCCCAGCUCGUCCUUCUCGAUACCCCAUCCGCAGACGAUCGCCAUCGCCAGCACCAGAAGCCCCGAAAGAACCCGAGAUAGAAGAGCCUCAAGUACCCCAGCCUGCCGUAGUCAUCGAAUCGCCAGCUCAACGCGCCACCGCCUCUAUGUUCGCUUCCACCCUUUGCGGCUCUGACGAGUCAUCGAAGCACCCCCAAGCACCGCUACAAGAGGUUCCACUACCUUUUGCUGCGUACAAAUCGUAUGAUGGCACUGGUGCUUUUGCUGGGCCGAGUCCGGAUGACAUUAAGAAGAAAAAGCAAACCAACGGUGACCUGACCGAAUCGGUCGAGAAGCUUACCGUGGCCGACGAACCAAGAGUGAAGAGCAAGAACCUGAACGUCAUGGAUGAGUUUGAGAAGAGCGCCUCGAAGCGGUUGGCGAACUUUGUAGUGCUUGGCCACGUCGACCACGGCAAGAGUACGCUCAUGGGGCGGUUGCUCUACGAUCUCAAAGUCAUCGACCAGCGGUCGAUAGACAAGUUACGGAAAGAAGCAGAAACCAUCGGCAAAUCUUCGUUCGCGCUUGCUUGGGUCAUGGACGAAACAAGCGAAGAGCGGAGUCGUGGUGUCACCGUUGACAUUGCUACCAACUACUUCGAGACAGACGAGACCAAGUUCACCAUUCUGGACGCGCCAGGACACAAAGACUUCAUCCCCAACAUGAUAUCAGGUGCAUCACAAGCCGACUUUCCCGUCCUGGUCAUCGACGCAAGUACGAACAGCUUUGAGUCUGGUCUCAAGGGGCAGACCAAAGAACACAUCCUGAUCGCGCGCAGCAUGGGCAUGCAACAUAUCAUCGUGGCCGUGAACAAGAUGGACACUGUGGGAUGGUCGAAAUCGCGCUUUGACGACAUUUCGAAACGCAUGACUGCCUUCCUCACCGAAGCCAGCUUCCUCGAAAAGCGGAUAACCUUCAUCCCGCUUGCAGGUCUCACUGGCGAGAACGUCGUCAAGAAGAUCGAGAACUCUGCCGCCCACUGGUACACUGGCGAGACCCUGCUAGAAGCCCUUGAACGCAUCGACCUCCCAUCCCGAAACUUCACGAAGCCCCUCCGCCUCUCCGUCGCCGAUGUCUUCCGCGGCGACAUCCGCUCCCCACUGAGUAUAUCAGGCCGCAUCGACGCCGGCACCCUGCAAGUAGGCGACGUCAUCCUCGCCCUCCCCGCCAACGAAACCGCCACCAUCAAGUCAAUCGAAGUACAAGACGCCCCCGUAGACUGGGCCGUAUGCGGUCAAAUCCCCACACUCCACCUCACAGACAUCGACCCCGUCCACCUCCGCCAAGGCGACAUCGUCUGCGCACGCAGCGACCCCGUCAAACUCGUCAAGGCAUUCACAUCCAAACUCCUCGCUUUCGAACACGUACUACCGAUGCCUGUGGAGGUGUUCCGAAGUACCCUGAACUCUCCAGCGGGGAUUAGGACGCUGAGUGCUAAGCUGAAUAAGUUUACGGGUGAGGUUGUGAAGAAGAAGCCUAGGAUUGUUAAGCCGGGUGAGGUGGCGAGGGUGGUGGUGCAGUUGGAGAGGGAGUUGCCGGUGGAGGAGGGGAUGAGGGUUGUGCUUAGGGAGAGGGGGAGGACGGUGGGGGCGGGGUUGAUGGAGAAUGUUGCGUAG